AAUUUGAAGCCACUCAGUGUCCCAAUCCUCUGUCUUACGUCCCCAGGAUGUUCACAGACCUUUCAGACCGCAUGAACUUUUUCCAGCGGGUGAAGAACCUGAUCUAUGAAAUCCCAAAUUAUUUUCUCUGUCAUUUUGCCUUUCAACCAUACGUAAAACUGGCUUCUGAGUUCCUGCGGCGGGAU